CUUUGCGCCCCUCUCUCUCUUCUCCCUCUCUCUAUGCGUCUUUGUAUAUAUAAGCAAUGUCAAGCUAUCCAGCACAACUCACAAGCUUAAUCAUCGGCAAGCUACAGGCAAUCACCAUCAUUUCCCCAGCUUCUGUUCUCAUUAGUGUGCUCUCUCGCAUUUCUGUCAAAGUCUCUUAAAUUUUGAACUCAACCCCUUCAAAUUAACAAUCUUUAUUAUCCACCACCCACAUUUUAAUAUUGUAAGCUUAUUGUUGUACGUUACACAUUCUUUUUUGAAAGGAAGUAGAUAUGGACCGAGUAGCCAAGUUGGCAUCACAGAAGGCGGUAGUGAUCUUCAGCAAAAGCUCCUGCUGCAUGUGCCAUGCAAUCAAGAGGCUGUUCUAUGAACAAGGGGUGAGCCCUGCAAUUUAUGAGCUUGAUGAGGAUCCAAGAGGGAAGGAAAUGGAAUGGGCUCUUAUGAGAUUAGGUUGCAACCCUUCAGUUCCUGCAGUGUUCAUUGGGGGCAAAUUUGUAGGCUCUGCUAAUACUAUCAUGACCCUUCAUCUUAAUGGUUCUCUGAAGAAAUUGCUCAGGGAAGCUGGAGCUAUUUGGCUUUAGUACAAAUUCCACGCCCACUCUUACAUAUAUAUACGUAUAACUAAGCUUAAUAAGGCUAACUCAGCUUUAUUGUCCUCUGCUUUUUUGCAUCCAGCGGCUGUAUGGAGAAGAUAAAUAGUCUUCAACUAGAGUCUCUACUCUGUAUCGAACCCAAUGUGAAGUGUAUUUACAGAUGAAUAUACAAGCUUUGACUCUACACAUAAUUAAUCUUUU